CUGUGCGUGUGACGUCAGUGCUGUCCUGUAUGACGCGCAUGCGCAGUGCAGGUGUUCGUCAGUGUGUGUGGUUUGUUCAGACGUGUAUCUCUCAUUCAAUCUCAUUUAUUCUCAUUAUUGUUUUAUUAUUGUAUCGUUAAAACGAUGAAAUUUAUGCAUAAACUGCUGCUGGUCUUACUGGCGUUUCCCGCGGCGCUGCUGAUUAAAGGUCCGGCGGUGGCUGCACAGGAUGCCACUGAGGACGAGGAGGCAGUGGAUGAAGAUAUGGCUGAUGAUGUCAUGGCUGAAGAUGAGGAUGAUGAAGCAGAAGUGGAAGAUGAUGAGAACACUGAACUAGUAAGAGAUACUGAGGAGAAAGAGGAAGAGGAUGAUGAAGGUCUGGUGGGAGAGAUGAAGGCUUCACCGAACGCUGACUCGACCAUCCUCUUCGUCAAAGGAGACGAUUUCCCUGCGAACGACAUCGUGAAGUUCCUGUUGGGCUUCACUAAUAAAGGCUCGGAGGACUUCGUGGUGGAGUCUCUGGACGCUUCGUUCCGUUACCCGCAGGACUUCCAGUUCUACAUCCAGAACUUCACGGCUCUUCAGCUCGGGACGGUGGUUCCUCCGCAGCGUCAGGCCACGUUUGAGUAUUCCUUCAUCCCGGCUGAACCCAUGGGCGGUCGACCCUUCGGUCUCGUCAUCAACCUCAACUAUAAAGACAACAGCGGAAACGUGUUCCAGGACGCCGUGUUUAAUCAGACGGUCACUAUCACUGAGAGGGAGGACGGACUCGACGGAGAGACGAUCUUCCUGUAUGUGUUUUUGUCUGGUCUUGGUCUGCUGGUUGUGGUCGGUCUACAUCAGCUGCUCGAGUCACGCAAGAGGAGGAGACCAGCAGUUAAAGUGGAGAUGGGAACAUCAAACCACAAUGAUGUGGACAUGAGCUGGAUCCCACAGGAAACACUCAACCAGAUCAUGGCGAGUCGGCGAGAUAAAGUGUCUCCCAGACAGUCUCCACGCAAGAGGACGCAGAAACGCUCGGCCGGAUCCGACGAGUGACGAGACGUGACAAACGUCUUUAGCAUGUGACUCAUUUGUGUGUUCUGUUGGGACGACACCAACCCGUCACUGAACACUGCGAGAGACUGAUACACACACACACACACACUGAUACACUGAUACACACACACACACACACUGAUAGAUACAGAUACACACAGAUACACAACACACUGAUACACACACACACACACUGAUAGAUACAGAUACACACAGAUACACAACACACUGAUACACACACUGACACACACACACUGAUAGAUACAGAUACACACAGAUACACAACACACUGAUACACACACACACACACUGAUAGAUACAGAUACACACAGAUACACAACACACUGAUACACACACACACACACACUGAUAGAUACAGAUACACACAGAUACACAACACACUGAUACACACACUGACACACACACACUGAUACACACACACACACACACAUGUUUAUAGUAGUGCAUGAGCGCAUCACUGAAGAGGACGUGUACUGUUAAAGCUGCUGUUCUUGAGUUUAUUUCUGAACUUGUCUGCAGGAUUCUCAUCGAUGAUGUUCAUGAAGCGUGUGUAAGGCGUGUGUGAGGCGUGUUACAGAACACAUCUGUUUGUUUCAGCUGAAUCAGUUCAUGAAUUGAUUUUGACUGAUUUUAUACAUUAAUUCUUCAUUUGCCGGAUUUCUCAUUUGUGAGUGAUUUCUCCGUUUCACACAAAAGCGCUCAAAUGACACGUAUGACGGCUUUAGCGUGUUGCUCAUAUCUGCUGGGAAACUGAUUGUGUGUUUCUGAUGUGAUUGUGGGAACACUGAACACGCAAACAUGUGUCUGACAUGACUUUAAGUUUAUUGUCUUCAUCAGGAAGAUCAUUUUUCUUUUUGUCUUCAUUCUUUUUCUCUUUUUUAAACGAGGUAAUAAAUAAAGUGAUGGUGAAUAUUAACAUAUAUGAACAUGUUGUCUGUAAUUUUCCACGAGUGAGUGCUGGAGAUAAUAAACAUGAA